AUGUACUGGCCUCAUGGAGUUCCUAGGGUCUACGCGGUCAAUGGACCCGAUAUUGCCUAUGCCUCCUUUGAUGAGGAUCGCGAAAUCCUGAAUACCACUCCAACCAAUGAUCGCAAUACUGCCUUUGACGAAAAGGCGGAAGCACCAAGGGACGGCGGUCAACACGAGUCCGCAGACACCCGGCCCCAUGAGUCGCAAACCAACUCGUCCCCGGACACUGGCAAACCAGGUUGGGGAGAUGAAGCUAUCAGGGGUAUUUGUGUGUCUCGAUCUGGUCAGAUGUUUGCUACAAUGUCAGAGUCAUCAAUUGCCCUUUGGCAAACUCGGCCUACAGCAGUAGUUACAGCAAUCUCUCGAUCUCGAUUCUCGUUGAAAACAUACGGUCCGAAUGUCUCACUCCUUAUGCACCCAGAUUCGACGAUCCUGGUUGUACAGACCUUCAAUGGGUACCUACUUACAUACUCGGUGGCGUCGGAUUCAACAACUCAGGUCUACCAGCAGCGAUUCGAUCAUUCUACACACCCUCGUCGUCAACAAUUGGCCCGGUUUUCAGCGGUUGAAGAGGCCAAUGUGGUUGGGGACAUCAGCAUUCGCUUCCGAAUGGCCAUCAAGAUCGAGUCGGGAAUUGUCAAGGCGCUGGCGCUAGAUCAAGAACUUGUUGUCGCCACUGUGAAACCACCAGCUAUACAAUGCAUUCGGUGGACGACUGAGGCGGGAGGAGCACAAACCACAUCCGAGCUAUUGAGUCGCAUUCUAGGGAUCUCGAAGAAGGUCUCGAUCGUGGACAUGGUAUACGACCGUGCAAUGAAUCUGCUCAUCUGGAUUACCAGUAGUGGCCAGGCAUAUGCUGUGCAACGAGAUCAGGGCUCACAGCACCAUCCCGAAGCAGCCAAGAAACUCUUCCACGGACAUUGCUUCCAUAAUCCAAAGGAUGACAGCGAAAAGGCUGUGAAGGUCACUGUAAAUGCACGCUUCUCUCUGUUGACUGUGAGCUGUUCAAAUGGUGACGUCUUGGUUUACACUGCAAAAGAUUACAUGGGCAACAUUCCACUUUCACAAAAGCUCCAUCUACCAGCAUCGCCCACAACCACCGGGGCUUUGACUUUUAUGAGCUAUUCCCCGGAUGGAUAUUGUCUCUUUGCUGGUUUUGAAAAUGGCUGGACAACAUGGAGUGUCUUUGGGAAGCCUGGAGGAAACAGCUUUUCAGUGGAUACUGCGUUGGCGACUGCUAAUUCGGAGGAUUGGUUAACUGGAGUGUCAGACGGGUGUUGGAUUGGCGGAGGGUCGGAUAUCAUUCUGUCUGGACAAAACGACCGUCGCCUGUGGGUUCUGGAGACAGCUCGCAGUGCCUUGACUGGUUGUUUUUCGUCUGCGAACUUGGCUAGAGGCCUGCUGCAGACUGGUACUGAGUUUAUCCUCUAUCGUGGUCAUGAUCUUCCAGAUCUCAUGACAAUCUCAGGAAAGGAUUCAUUGUGGCAUCAUGGCCAGUAUCCUCCGGCAUAUCUUCAUUCCCAGUGGCCGAUUCGAUCUUGCGUCGUGUCUCAGGAUGGACGGUAUGUUGCAAUUGCAGGCCGGCGUGGCCUUGCACAUUACAGUGUCAACAGCGGCCGAUGGAAGGUAUUCGAGGAUUCAAAAGCCGAAAACUCCUUUGCUGUGCGAGGAGGGAUGUGUUGGUAUGGCCACAUACUAAUCGCAGCGGUGGAGAGUGACGGGUCAUACGAGAUUCGUCUUUAUUCGCGCGAGGCUUCUCUCGGUAACAAUUCGAUUAUGUUCAUCGAAUAUCUCCCAUCACCAGUUGUGUUCAUUGGGCCCUCUGGUGAAGAUUCUCUCUUGGUCUACACAUACGAUAACAUUCUGUACCAUUAUAUCAUUAAUUCGACACAGCCUCAGAUCACUCUUGUCCCUGUUGGACAGAUCGCUUUCAAUGGGAUUGUUCGGGCACCCUCUCGCGUCCGAUCUAUCAGCUGGGUAUUGCCCGAGGAGCAGAUGCGAAACGGUGAUCCAUCUCAAGAUGUGAAGGUCGCAUCUGUGCUUCUUCUUGUGGACGGCAAUUUGGUAUUGUUGCGGCCCACGGUCUCAGAUGCGGGCGAUCUCAAAUACGACAUGCGCGUUAUAUCUCAUGAUGUCGAGUAUUACAUCUUGAUGCGCGACCAGAUUUCCUUCAACUUUUCCUCGCAGGUUGAUGAAUACCUACCCGCCAGUCCUUCGGUUGAUAUGGCACUGGAGCCACCUCAUAGCAGUCUCUCGCUCAGGGACUCUCUUUGGAUGUUUCGUGGCCAACACUUGAUAGCUUGGAAUGACGUUCAAGAUGUUUUGCGGGAGGAGAUGGUGCCGGCACCACUCAACAUCCCCUUGGACUUUUAUCCAUUGUCUGUUUUACUGAACAAAGGCAUUGUGCUCGGCGUUGAAUCGGAAAUGAUGCAACGGCGCGAUGUGACAUUCACCGUUCUGAAAUUCGCCAUCCGAACACACCUUUUCUUACCAUACUUCCUCCAAUAUGGCCUGAUCAGUGUUGGAACACCUGCAGCUCUCGCUCUCUGUCGCCAUUUUUCACAUUUGUCUUACUUCGCUCAUGGAUUGGAAAUCCUACUUCACCACGUGCUGGACGACGAAGUGGAUAAUGAGAGCCGAGCAAAUAAAAGCGAGGAUCCCCAAGCACGAGAAGAACCACUACUCCCAACCGUCAUUGCUUUCCUCCAAGCCUCGCUUCCCCCAGGGAUUACCUUGAGAUUGUUGUGCAAUGCACACGGAAAACAGAACUUCGAUCAUGGCGCACAUUUUGGAUAUCUCCUUGUGCUGCAAGCCUUCGAGGAUGAGGAGCAAGGGCAUGAUGGUCGCAUCGAAGAGUACGUUGUUCGUUUGAUUGCUCUCGCCUCCCAGAAGGAAGACUGGGAGCUGUGUGCUGAGCUAGCCCGCUUCCUCAUUGCUCUGGAUUCUUCAGGUGAGAUGCUCCGGCGCGCAAUUUCCCGAGUCGGUCUGCGACCCAACCCUCAAUCUCCCGUGAAAGGCACGUUUUCUGGCUCGGGACCCCGAUUUGGUCCUGCGGGUGUGCAAGGUUUGGGCUUAAACCUCCCAAUCAGGUCGCCAUCAUGGGCAUCUCUUUCUCCAACAUCGUCUCUUUCGCCCCUUCCAAGCCGGCGAGAAGGGGAUGUAUCAGAUGGAAAUUCAUAUUUGGAUGAGCAAGAUAGAUAA